AUGACGAGUUUCCUACCACAGAGCUGCUUCAGGCAGCUAGCACGGAGUCCUUUCACGAAAAAAACACCCCUUUACCCUUCCUUGCUCCGCUCCCAACCGAUACAGCGCUUUUCAACUACACCCCGAGUCCAAUCUCGAGUCGGUGGUGCUCCAGUCUCGGUUCCCCCAGAAGUGUCACUAAAGUUCAUCGAUCUACCUCAGACUACGGCACGGGGUACAUCUCAGGACCAAGCGAAAACCGCAAUUGAAGUCACGGGACCGUUGGGUCAAUUAACGCUGAACGUCCCUCCUUUCCUCAAAAUUGCGCACGAUGAGAGCCUCCAGAAAGCAACGGUAGAGGUUGAGGACAGGGAAGUUGCGCAUCAGCGUGCUAUGUGGGGAACCACGCGAGCCCAUUUACAAAACUGCAUCCUCGGAGUCUCGGAAGGGCAUAUUUGCAUUCUGAGUUUGGUUGGUGUCGGCUACAGGGCUACCAUCGAGUCAGCGGCGACCACCGUUCAGGCCCAGUAUCCCGGUCAACAAUUCGUUUCUCUCAAGGCCGGAUACUCACACCCAAUUGAACUGGGAAUCCCGCAAGGCGUUAAGGCAAGCACGCCCCAGCCGACACGUAUUCUUCUGCAGGGCAGUGACAAGCAAGUUGUAACACAAUUUGCGGCGGAGAUCCGAGAGUGGCGCAAGCCAGAGCCUUACAAGGGCAAGGGUAUCUUCGUCAACGGAGAGACGGUCAAGCUGAAGGCGAAGAAGAUUCGAUAA